GAGGUGGGAUGUGGAGGUCAGACUGGAAGCAGGUGUGAGUGGGUCCAGCAGAAGGAGACAUGGCUGCCAAAGUGUUUGAGUCCAUUGGCAAGUUCGGCUUGGCCUUAGCCGUUGCAGGAGGCGUGGUGAACUCUGCCUUGUAUAAUGUGGACGCUGGGCACAGAGCUGUCAUCUUUGACCGGUUCCGUGGAGUGCAGGACAUCGUGGUAGGGGAAGGGACUCACUUUCUCAUCCCUUGGGUACAGAAACCAAUUAUCUUUGACUGCCGCUCUCGACCACGGAAUGUGCCAGUAAUCACUGGUAGCAAAGAUUUACAGAAUGUCAACAUCACCCUGCGCAUACUUUUCCGGCCGGUCACUAGCCAGCUUCCCCGCAUCUUCACCAGCAUCGGAGAGGACUAUGACGAGCGAGUGCUGCCCUCUAUCACGACGGAGAUCCUCAAGUCGGUGGUGGCUCGCUUUGAUGCUGGAGAACUCAUCACCCAGAGAGAGCUGGUUUCCAGACAGGUGAGCGACGACCUUACAGAGCGAGCCGCAACCUUCGGGCUCAUCCUGGAUGACGUGUCCUUGACGCAUCUGACCUUCGGGAAGGAGUUCACAGAAGCAGUAGAAGCCAAACAGGUGGCCCAGCAGGAAGCGGAGAGGGCCAGAUUUGUGGUGGAAAAGGCCGAGCAGCAGAAGAAGGCGGCCAUCAUCUCUGCCGAGGGCGAUUCCAAGGCCGCUGAGCUGAUCGCCAACUCGCUUGCCACUGCAGGCGACGGCCUCAUUGAGCUGCGCAAGCUGGAAGCCGCAGAGGACAUUGCAUACCAGCUCUCACGGUCUCGGAAUAUCACCUACCUGCCGGCCGGGCAGUCGGUGCUCCUCCAGCUGCCCCAGUGAGGCCUGCCCUGCUUGCACCUCCUUGGGCCAUCUGGGCCACAGCCCAAGGAUCCUUAACACCGCCUUCCUUCCGCCCCCACCCCAGAAUCACUGUGAAAUUUCAUGAUUGGCUUCAAGUGAAGGAAAUAAAAGUAAAAUCACUUCAGAUCUCU